CACACACACACACCGCUGGAGCUCGGUGAACCUUUCCUGUUCUUCACGAGAUGAAGGAGUUUGUGUCCGAGAUGACGCGUCUCCAUUAAUGAUGGAUGACAUGAACAGACGAGAGUGGAUCACAUCCGCACACACACCCCUGGGUGAAGACAGCUGUCCUGCUGAUCGAGCUCCUAAAGGUCUCAUCGGUGCAGCAGAUGUUGUGCAUGCUCCUCCUCCUCGUCCACUGCGCCUUAAACCAGGAUGUAAAGGACCCGCCAUCAACAGAAACCUCAAACCUGGGAGACUGCCGAAGAGUUCCUCAGAUGGGCAAUUGGACUUGAUGGGAUCUGCUGACAGGGCCCCGGCAGCCCCGCAGAGGCCGGUGAGAUCAUUACCCAGAGAUCACCUUCAUUUACCACCCCCACCAGUACAGGCCACCACUAACUAUCCUAACCAGUUUGAUGAGUCUCCUCCAUCCAGACCAGCACCAACGUCACCACAACCCAGAUCGCACAACAACAGACCCGCGUGGACACACUCCAGUCCCAGUGAGCAAGAGAAUGUUAAAACACCAUCAUCUGCAAGUCACACGCCUCACAGGUUUUCUCUGGAUCUGGACUCUCAGGAUUUGGACAGCUUCUGUGAGAGCGAGAGGAGCUUGUUCGAUUCACUCGUGAGGAAGCAGCAGCAUCACGAAUGGCCUCCUGCUAAAGGAGAAACCGACAGCAGCUUCACCAACCACAGCAAACCUGCGCAGUCUGUCCUGCAGGGAUUGGCGGAUCAGAACUGGUAUGUUGGUGCGGUUAGUCGCGUGGACGCUGAACACGCUCUUCACCUGGUCAACCGGGAAGGAGCCUUUCUAGUGCGCGACUGCUCGAAGAACACUACCUAUGAGCCCUGGGUCCUCGCUGUGUUUUACGACAAAAGAGUGUUUAACAUUCAGAUCCGCUUCAGUGAUGAAAUCAGCAAAUACACUCUGGGAACGGGCCUGAGAACCAAUGACAGGUUUGACUCGGUCACUGACAUCAUCAAGUUCCACUCCAUUUUUCCCAUCGUUCUCAUCGACGGCCGGAAAUCCUCCGCGGCAGCCAAUCAGAGGAGGCAGUGUGUGCUGAUGUACCCAAUCACAGCGCAGGACCUGACCGAGCUGUUGAAAUAAGAGCAAAUACAAACGACCCACAACAUCUACGGGACGUUUAACGGACAUUUUAGCUUUAUAAGACAUUUUUAGUGACGUUAGACUGGUACAGACUCAACAAAAGAGCCAAAGAGCUCAUCUGAUAGAACGAAGAUAAAUCAAAUGUUUAAUAAUGUGGAUGUGUAGCAAUCAAAUAUCUAAAGGAUUCAAUAUUUUUGGCAUUUUAAAACACUCAUGUAAAGUGCAUGUGAGUGUUUGGCCGAAUGCAGACACACAACAACCAUUUUUCCAGAAACGUUUAAUCCAUUUCAGUUUUUAUUUAAUCACACUUAUUUUUUUGGCCUUAUGUAUAAUUUAAAAAUAAAUAUUAUGCUCCAGAAGCCUCGGAACGAUGUACAGAUUAUAGUUUGAGUUAAACUCAUGACACACGUUUAGUUUCUUGUUGAACAGUUUUAGAUUUAAAAACGAGCAGAUGCCUUACAGUUCAGCUGUAACUUUACAUAACGGUAAGAGUAAUAAAAGAAGUCAGUUUACUGGUUUGAUCAUUUGAGGUAGAUUUACAAAGAUUAACACAUCAAACUGUCUCGACUGUUUACGGGACAUUUUACAAAAGGAACAUUAUGUUGGAUGUACACACUUGGACAGCGAGUGUGUGUGAAUGUGUGCUGUAAAAUACUGAGUCCAUAUACGCAAACUUUUUUUUGUUUGUUUGUUUGCAAAAACACUUUUACUGUACGUCAUAUGUUUGAAUUUCACAAAUGACAAAGCCUCACCCAACAAAGACCAUGUGUGCAAUUGUGGAUUCAAACCAAACCCAAACACCACCCAUGAAUCACUGCACACCAAUCAGAAAAGAUUCACUUCAAUACUGAGGCUUGUGUACUCAUAAAGAUUAAAAA